AUGAAUUCAUUGAUAGCAUAUAUGCUGCUUUCCCUGGUGCUCAAGAGCACACAUUCCCAGCUGAUGGACUGUAGACACUUUGCAGACAACCUCCCUUUUAGGCUCCGAGAAUUAAGGAUCACAUUUAACAAGAUUAAGGAUUAUUUUCAAGAUAGAGAUUCUGAGCUGGACACUAUGCUAUUAAAAGAGGAUCUGCUAGAAGAUUUCAAGAGUUACUUGGGCUGCCAGUCAGUGGCAGAAAUGAUCCACUUUUAUUUGGAAGAUGUUUUAUCAAAAGUAGCUACCGACAACCCAGUAAAGCAGGAUGUAGACUUCCUUGGAAAUAUAUUGCUGGAUCUGAGACAAACAAUCAAGCGCUGUCAUAGGUUUUUCAUCUGCGAAAGGAAGAACAAAACAGUAAAGGCUAUCAAAGAUACAUAUGAAAAGCUCCAAGACAAAGGUAUCUACAAAGCAAUAGGAGAAUUUGAUAUUUUUGUUGACUACAUUGAACAAUACCUUAUCAUGAAGAUGAAAAAGUGAACAUUUUUCAUAGUGGGGAAACUUACUUUAUAAAUGAAAAAUGGUGAUCCGUACUUUGCAGUGUUCCAGAAAAAUCAACAAAAAUGAAUGACAUUGUAUUACGUUUUUAACUUAAAAUGUAUUUAUUAAUUCAUAUACCUCAGUUUUUAUCAAUUAGUUACAU